GCCUUCACUUGUGCAUCAACAUCAAUUUAACAGAGGCAUAUUUUGAAAAAGCAAACGCAACCUUAGCCAAACUGCAACAUCACUUUCAAAGCUACUGAGCAUGGCUGCCAUGAGUGCAUUAAUUAACUUGCCUGCGAUUACUUAGACCAAUUCUCAUUGAUAUUCACUCAAACAAUCUUUUCAAUUGACAUGCAUUCAGAAUUCCUUCUUAUUAUUAAUUGUUUCCAUCAAGCUUUCAUGGUUAAAUUGUACCAAAUAUUCAAUUGCUAGAGGCUAGAUCAAAGUAAGAAUUUCAAGAAAUUGAUUUUAAUUCAACAGUAAAUAGUAACAAAAUGCAUCUAUACAGAAUUUCACCAAUUAAGAACUCAUGAUACAUAUGAUCCAAUCAACAAAUUAGCUCUAUUAAACAAUUUAAAUUAAACUGUAAUUAAAAUUAACAUAAUGCAUAUCUAUUCUUAUCUUCUGCAUUCCAAAUCAAGUUAAUCAACCGAGUAAGAAGAUCAGGGCAAUCAAACAUACCUUACCAAAAGCAAAGCAAAUAUUCUUGCCGCGACCACAAUUCAAGAUGUCCUGUCCAAGCAGAAAGUUCCACAGAAAAAGGCAGGCCCCUCCCGGAUGCGGUCGCAAAUCUGGCCUUUGCUCCUUCCUACUGCAGUUGGCAACAAUUUUGUACUUAAAGGAUCUGGAUUCAACGGCCAAGAUCCGUCGUAGAUUAUUCAAGGUAAGAUCCGGAUGUCGAGGGGGCGACGAACUAGAAGAGUGAAAACACAGUGUCUUGUAUAGGUUGUGGAGGAAGCAAGUAUGAAGAGGAUUUGGGGCUAAAGGGGCUCCAUUCUUCAAUUUUGAAGCAGGAGAAUGAGAGAAUAGGAAAUGAAGAAUACAAGAAGUGAGAACACUAAACAGUCGAAUCCCAA